ACAGAGACUUAGAUCCAAUCAGAGCAGCAGUGAAUCCUGAUAAAGUCCUCAUCGUCUGCCAACCAGCAGUCUGACAGUCAGAUACAGAGACAGACAUGUUGAGGCUGGUGCUGGUGGUGCUGUUGGUUUGGACAUGGACAAGCUCAGCGCUGGUCAGGGUGCCUCUGAGGCGGGCUCAAUCGAUUCGUACCCAGCUGCGAGUUGACGGCCUGCUGGACGAGUUCCUGAAGGAUCACCGUCCCGACAUGUUUAACCGGCGUUAUGCUCAGUGCUUCCCGCCCGGCACGCAGUCGCUGCGGCUCGGACGCUCCAGCGAGAAGAUCUACAACUUCAUGGACGCUCAGUAUUAUGGUGAAAUCUCUUUGGGGACACCGGAGCAGAACUUUUCUGUGGUUUUUGACACCGGCUCAUCCGACCUCUGGGUGCCAUCAUCCUACUGCGUCAGCCAAGCCUGCGCAUUGCACAAGCGUUUCAGGGCGUUUGAGUCAACUUCUUUCCGUCAUGAUGGUCGGAUGUUUGGGAUUCACUACGGAUCAGGACACCUGCUGGGAAUCAUGGCCAGAGACACAUUGAAGAUCGGGGAUCUGACCGCCCUGAACCAGGAGUUUGGGGAGUCAGUCUACGAGCCCGGUGCUGCAUUUGUAAUGGCGAGGUUUGACGGUGUUCUGGGGAUGGGUUACCCAUCCCUGGCAGAGAUACUUGGAAACCCCGUUUUCGACAACAUGAUGGCGCAGAAGACAGUGCAGGAGCCAGUCUUCUCCUUCUACCUCAGCAGGAGAACAAGUAACAGAAACCCAGAAGGCGAACUGUUGCUAGGCGGAAGAGACGAUGCGUUGUACAUAGGACCGAUCAACUGGCUUCCUGUGACCUCUAAGGAUUACUGGCAGAUUAAGAUGGACAGUGUGGCAGUGCAAGGUGUGAGUUCGUUCUGUCCUCAUGGUUGCCAAGCGAUUGUCGAUACUGGAACCUCCCUCAUCGCCGGACCGACCAAUGAUAUCCUCAUCCUUCAGCAGCUGAUUGGAGCCACGCCCACAAACAUAGGAGAGUUCCUUAUCGACUGUGUCAGGUUGUCCAGUUUGCCUCAUGUGACAUUCGUCCUUGGAGGAACAGAGUACACACUGACUGCUGAGCACUACGUUAGGAAGGAGAUGCUUGGUGACAGGGAGCUGUGUUUUAGUGGUUUCCAGUCUGUGGACAUUGUUUCCCCCAAAGGCCCCCUGUGGAUUCUGGGAGAUGUAUUUCUAACAGAGUUCUACAGCAUCUUCGACAGAGGACAGGACCAGGUCGGCUUUGCCCUUGCUAGGCACCCAACCGAAGACUAACCCAUCGGUUAUUAAUAGCUGCCAACUGUAUGAUCAAUAAAUACCAUACAAAGA